AUGGCGCCUAGAUCCUGGCUAGAUAUCGCCCCUGACUCCCCUUUCUCCCUCGCCGACAUUCCUUUCGGAAUAAUCACAACACCUGUUUCAUCUUCUCCGCACGUCGGAGUAGCAACUGGAGAACAUGCUCUUGAUCUCUCCGUGUUCGCCUUAUGUUCGGGCUCCUCGGACUGUCGGGCGAUCACAUCACAUCUCGAGGUUUUCUCUCAACCCGCCCUCAACGACUUCGCAGCACUAGGGCGCGCCGUCCAUCGAGAGAAUGCUGGUGCCCUGAUUCGCGGCAUCGACAAUGCUCUACACCCGAACUAUAUGCACCUGCCUGUCGGCUACCAUGGCCGAGCUUCUUCGGUGGCUGUCUCUGGCACUUCGAUCCGCAGACCGCAUGGCCAGGUCAUGGGAAACCCGACUGCAGAAGUUCCAAAGCCGAUCUUCACUCCUUCCAAACGUCUGGACUUCGAGCUUGAGCUGGGUGCGUUCGUGUGCAAGGCCAACAAGAUGGGGGAGCCCGUGUCAAUCAAAGAGGCGGAGGAGAAUAUCUUCGGCUUGGUUCUGAUGAACGACUGGUCUGCAAGGGACAUACAGGCAUGGGAAAUGGUACCACUUGGGCCAUUCAAUUCGAAGAUCUUCGGAACAAGUGGCAGUGCAUGGGUCGUAUUGAUGGAUGCAUUGGAGCCGUUCAGGGCCAGCGGAAUCGAGAACGAGAACGGAGUGCUGCCAUAUAUGCGAGAGGGGAAGGAAGAAAAUGUCUACGACCUGAACCUAGAGGUUGAGUUGACGAUUAUGGCCAACUCCAUUGGGGUAUCUCCAUAUGUCCUAACGAUCUAUGCAGCCAAAUCUGGCACCUCAACCACGAUCGCCGGUACCAACGGCAAAUAUCUCCUCUUCUCCUUCCCUCAAAUGCUCGCACAUCAUACAGCUGGUGGCUGUCCCAUGCAAGUAGGCGAUCUACUGGGAUCGGGAACGGUAAGCGGAACAGAGCCAGGCACUAUGUCCGGUAGUAUGUUGGAGCUCAGUGCGAAUGGGAAUAAUAAGAUACAGCUACACGGUGGAGACGAGAGGACUUUCUUAAAAGACUAUAAUACACUGACACUGAAGGGUCGGGCCGGAGGUGAAGAAGGCGGCCUUGUAGGAUUCGGUGAGUGUACUGGGAGUAUCGAACCCGCGAUAACAAUGCAGUAA